AUGCAAUCUCACCUGGCAGAACGGGUGAAGGUCCAUAUAGAAAAGGAGGUCUUCUUUGUGGACAAAGGUCUUCUGAUAGAACACAGUGAAUAUUUCCGCGCUCUCUUCCGAUCCGGCAUGAAGGAGAGCACACAGAAAGAGAUCACGAUCCGGGAUUUGAGCCCCACGGGUUUCCUGAUCAUGUUGAAGAUCCUCGAAGGGGGUUACCCGACACUGAGCUGCGAGGAGAACCUUCGGGCGGUGGAGUGCGCCUCCUUUCUGCAGGUCAAAGCCAUGGCCCAGUAUCUGAUCAACUCCCUCAACUCGGACAACUGCAUCCUCCUGUACCAAGCUGCGGCCAUGUUUGGACUUCUGGAUCUCUUCCGCAGCGCUGCGCUGUACAUAAGGGACAGUUACUCCGACCUAGAAGAGUAUUUGGAUUGUCUCUCUCCAGAACUUCUGGCUUACAUUGACUCCCUUAUCCCCAGCACCUUUGUCGCGGUGGGAGCUCACACGCCCACUAUUGAGUUCUUGGAGGAUCUCUCGCGAACCAUUUGCUACCUGGAUGAGGAGAAGAACGUCUGGAGGACCCUUUCCUGCUUGCCGCUGACGGCUAGCACCUUUCUCGCUGGCAUGGCCGCAAUGGAUAACAAGAUUUACAUUGUGGGCGGGGUCUAUGGUUAUAACAAGCAGAUUGUGGAUCAAAGUUUUUGUUACAAUGUCACCUCUGACACCUGGAGCGAGUUCUCUAGCCCUCAGCAACUCCGCUAUGACGUCACGCUGACAGCCCAUGGCGAUUUCCUGUAUGCUAUCGGUGGAGAAUUCGAGAAGACCCCACUGAAGUCGGUGGAGAAGUUCGACAUGUCCACCAGCUCUUGGAGUUUCGUCUCGGACCUGCCCCAGCCGGCAGCUGCGGCCCCCUGUGCCCAAGCUAUGGGGCGCAUCUUUGUCUGCUUAUGGCAGCCCCUGGACACCACCAUCAUCUACGAAUACGAGCCUCAGAAGGACGAAUGGCUUUCUAUCUCAACCCUCAACAGGCCGCAAAGCUACGGUCAUUGUAUGGCGGCCCACAGGGACAAUCUCUACGUCAUGCGGAACGGGCCCUUUGACGACUUCCUACGAUGCAUGAUCGAUUGUUUCAACCUGACCACCAAGCAGUGGACAUCUUUGCCGGGGCAAUACAUGAACAGCAAAGGAGCCCUUUUCACGGCGGUCAUCAGAGGAGACACGGUUUACACCGUCAACAAGAUGCUCACCCUGCUGUACGCCAUAGAUGAGAAUAGGUGGAAAUUCAAAAAGGAGAAGGCCGGAUUUCCAAGGACCGGUUCUCUACAGACCUUCCUUCUCCGGCUCCCGAGAAUGGAUCACGGCCUCGCAACUUAA